AUGAGGGACAGGGCAAAGGGGCUAGCACAGAAGCACGUGCACUCCCGAAUCUCGUUCCUUCACCAAGCAGCUUCUUAUCUAGCUACCAUUUCAAAUGAUUCGAAUGUAAAACCAAAGGUUGAGGAAGUGCAGAGCGAGCACGUCCUUGAGAAAUCUGGCGUGGUCGUGCAGGCGAAGCCUCUGAUCAAAUCGGUUAUCAAAUUCCAGGUCACAUCUCACGAGCAUCUGGCAGACCUUAAGACCACGGCUGGCCUUGCCCAAUGUUAUGUGUCCCAACUCAGAAGCCUCUCUCGGAAGACUCUCAUUCGACUCACACCCGAGAUGAAGCACUCAAUUUGUAAGGGAUGCGAAGUCCUACUGGAACCAGGCGUUACGUCUACUACAUCCCUAGAGAACAAAAGUCGAGGUGGCCGCAAGCCCUGGGCUGAUGUACUUGUGAUAAAGUGCAAGGCUUGUGGGGAGACGAAGCGCUUUCCAGUCGGUGCAAAGCGCCAAAAGUCUCUAAAAGACAGGCAAGGCUCAAGGAGAGCAGUCUCACGGGAGGUACCUGAAGCAGCGCCAGAAUGA